UUAGAAAUGUUUCGAAUCAAAAUUUAAGAGAAACUUGGGAAAAAGGAUUCUUCCAUGUGUUUGUGUCUGUGCUGAAAUCAGGUUCAUGUACUAAAGUUAUUUCCAGAUUCUACAAUGGCAUUCUACUGUCUAAACAGGGUGAUACAGACCAAAUAAGAAAUAAGACAAAAAGAAGGAAAUCUAUUCAUUUCAACUGAAAGCUGGGAAAAAAAUCAACAAACUACAAAAACCAGAAAAGACACCAGGGCAGUGGAGACACCUGCUGGAGACUCUGUGGGACAAACAACACAAAUCACUGUCAUAUUUUCUGGAGUUGUCCACUGAUCAAACCAUUCUGGGAGCAACUGUGUGAACAUUUAAACAACAUAUUUACAGACAAAAAUCCUUGUAAGUGAGAAGCUUUGUAUUUGGGAGACAUUUCAUCUGAUUAUUGGUCUUUAACAGAUAAAAAGCAGCUGCCAAUAUUUCUGUCGGCAAGCAAAAAAACUAGAAAAUGGUUCAAACCUGACAAACCCAUAAUCCAAGAAUGGAUGGAUAUUCUACAGGAUAUCUACAUCCUGGAGAAGUCGUCAUUUUCUCUCAAGUACCAAAUGGAAUCUUUUUUUCAGGAUUUGGUCAAAAUGGACAGAAUAUGUAAAACCUGUAAAAUCUGUAAAUUGAAUUUAAAUGUAGUAUGAAACCAUUUCUACAGUAUACAUUUCUGUUUAGGUACAUACAAACAUACUUUAUUGUGUUUUUUCUCCUGAUAUGAGAAUAAAUGGAGCAAGUCCUCUCCUCCUGCUCACUUGUUCUAAUUCUUCUUUACUACCAGAAAACUGGAUUAGCAAUGAUCUUUCACUCAACCACAACUGAGGAGUGGAAACUGAAUUGUACCUGAAAAAGGAAGUUCUGAAACAACUGCUUUUCCAAAUAAACAAAAAAUUACAAAAAACAAACGCUUUUUGUAGUGUAAAGAUCAUACUCAAAGUCUGUAGAAAUGUUCUGCUUGUAAUUGCAGCAUGUAGGUCUGUUUAGAGCUUUAAAGUACUAACUUUCAUCUGUUCCCAUUCAUUCUUACCACUGUUCUUCACUUCCUGCCCCCUACUUGGGAUUCACGCAUCAUCAGGAUCUCAUGACUGCAAACAGUCUACAUACACAGGAUUAAUGCAUCAGGUCUAAACGGGUUAAAUAAGUAAAAAGAAAACAGAGUAGAGUGCUGCACACCCCGCUACUCACCUGUACAGGUAAUGAGGGGCACAGGUGUAUAUCACUGAAAAGUUUAUGACAUUUUUUUCACAAAGAUAUAAUAAUUUCUAAAAUUCAUCAUAUGAUUUUAUCUACUGAAAUAUUGAGUUUUAAACCAGUUCUUGUAGACGUUAAGUUUUACAACAAGAUUUUUACUGUGUUCACAAACUGUUUCCUCUUUUUCUCAGUGCAGAUGAGUGAGACGCGUACAGGACGCUUCAAACAGCUCCAGAAGAGUCCUGCAGAUAAACUAGCUAUGGGUGAGUUGAAAUAAUAUUAUAUGGUUAAAUGUUAAAAAUUCCUCAGUUUUUACCAGUCUCUGAACUCUCCCAGUUCUCAGAAUAUCCUAAAAAGCUUUUACGAAAGAAAAAAGUCAAAUCUUAUUGAGAUUGUUGAGCUUCCUCAGCAGCUCUCUCUGCUUCAUUCGACACUGCAGAUCUACUGGAGUGAUGAUGAUCGGGUCAAAGAAUUUAUGAGGUAAAAGAAGUGUUAGGAAUAACGGGUUACUAAGUAACACGUUACGGUAACUCUGUUACUUUUUAGCUAGUAGCGUAAGGGCCAAUCCCAUUUCUGCCUCUUAACCCUUCCCCUUGUCCCUUGAAACAGAGCAGUAAGGUGUAAGGGUGAAAACCUUCCCUGAAGAAAUGAGACGCCACUUGAUUGCUGUUCAUCAUCACACAUUUCUGUAAACAGCUGCGUCAUCAGAGGUGAAUAUAAAGCUACCACCAUCUCGUUCAUACUAUGGAUCUCUGUGUUAAUCUUCUCUAUUUAUUUAUGCACUGAAUAGCCCUGGUUUACAUGUGAACAUACUGAAAAUACAGUACACUCCCAUUCCUGGUAGCUAAAGAUUGAUUAUAUGAGAAAACACAACUGUUGAAUUUCUAUAAUUAUUUAUAAAUUAUGAGAAUAUUUACAUUUAUGCACCUCCUUCUUUGUCUGUUGUGCCAUUUCCCAAGUGAACGCAGUGAAUGGUGGGAAAUUCCACUUGGGGUUUUACACAUCCUAUCACUCAUGAGAGCCGCUGUAACAAAACAGUUAAAACAACUAUGGAAAUGAAGGAUUUAUGUGGCUUUGAAAACUUAAAAUAUCUGAGGUGAUGCAGGAGCUCAAUAUAAACGUUUUAAGAGCAAAAAUUCUUUAGUUUUUGAAUUGAAUAUUCAAAUGUAUUCAGAUGUUGAGCAGCAUUGGACUGUGGUGUCGUUAAAAUUGAAACAAAGUUUCAACUUCACUGAGAGGCUCCUCGUCAUGGAAAGAAGCAGAGCUUUAUUACCUCUUCCCCCUAUCUGUUACAACCAGCUCCUCUCUGACUCAGCAUUUCAUCAUUCUCUCCCCAUCAGAUCUACAGUUUGAAGAUGGGUGUGGGCAACAGGAGCUGACAUUCACAGCAUAAACACAUGCUGUACAGAUCAGAGCUCAAACUAGUUUCAUUUCUCAGGAAGUCAAACUCAGACAUUCAUUGUCUCUGAGAGCUGAAAUGGCACAGAAAGGGAUUCAGCUGGAUCAGGAAAACUUCUCUUGUUUCAUCUGUCUGGAUCUACUGAAGGAUCCGGUGACUGUUUCCUGUGGACACAGCUACUGCAUGAAGUGUCUUCAAAGCCACUGGGAUACAGAGGAUGAGAAGAAACUCUACAGCUGCCCUCAGUGCAGGCAGACCUUCACACCGAGGCCUGUCCUGCAGAAAAACACCAUGUUAGCAGUUUUAGUGGAGGAGCUGAAGAAGAGCGGACUCCAAGCUGCUCCUGCUGAUCACUGCUAUGCUGGAGCUGAAGAUGUGGCCUGUGACGUCUGCACCGGGAGGAAACUGAGAGCCCAGAAGUCCUGUCUGCAAUGUCUGGCCUCUUACUGUCAGAAUCACCUUCAGCCUCAUUUUCAAGCAGCUCCUUUAAAGAAACACAAGCUGGUGGAGCCGUCCAAGAAGCUCCAGGAGAACGUCUGCUCUCAUCAUGAUGAGGUGAUGAAGACAUUCUGUCGCACUGAUCAGCAGUCUAUCUGUUAUCUUUGCUCCGUGGACGAGCAUAAAGGCCACGACACGGUCUCAGCUGCAGCAGAGAGGGCCGAGAGGCAGAGAGAGCUGGAGGUGAGUCGACAAAACAUCCAGCAGAGAAUCCAGGACAGAGAGAAAGAUGUGAAGCUGCUUCAACAGGAAGCAGAGGCCAUCAAUCGCUCCGCUGAUAAAGCAGUGGAGGACAGCCAGGAGAUCUUCACCCAGCUGAUCCGUCUCAUAGAGAAACAAUGGUCUGAUGUGAGCCAGCAGGUCCGAUCCCAGCAGGAAAGCCAAGUGAGUCGAGUCAAAGAGCUGGAGGAGAAGCUGAGGCAGGAGAUCGCUGAGCUGAAGAGGAAAGACGGUGAGCUGCAGACGCUGUCACAAACACAGGAUCACAACCAGUUUCUACACGACUACCCCUCACUGUCAGCACUCAGCCAACCUACACGCUCAUCCAGCAUCCAUAUCCGUCCUCUGAGGUACUUUGAGGACAUGACAGCAGCUGUGUCAGCAGUCAGAGAUAAACUACAGGACGUCCUGACAGAGACAUGGACAAACAUCUCACUCACAGUGACUGAAGUGGAUGUUUUACUGCCAAGACCAGAGCCCAAGACCAGAGAGGAGUUCAUCAGAUAUUCAUGUGACAUCACACUGGAUCCAAACACAGCAAACAGAUAUCUGUUAUUAUCUGAUGGGAACAGAAAAGUUAGAUGGAUGUUUCAACCACAGUCUUAUCCUAGUCACCCAGACAGAUUCACGACAUGGUUUCAGGUCCUGAGUCGAGAGAGUCUGACUGGACGUUGUUACUGGGAGGUGGAGAGGAGAGGAAUAGUUCUUGUAGCAGUCACAUACAAGAAAAUCAGCAGAACAGGGAAUGGGAAGGAAUGUGAAUUGGGAUUCAAUGACAAAUCUUGGGCAUUAGAUUGUGAUGACAGUGGUUAUAUCUUUUGGUACAACAACGUCCAGACUCCUGUCUCUGGUCCUCCAUCCUCCAGAGUGGGAGUGUACCUGGAUCACAGAGCAGGUUGGUGCAAGAGGGCCAUACUGCAGGGUAAAUCCUCAUGUUCCCCUGCUGCGCCUCUACUUUGGGGAAGGUGA